AUGGCGAGGAAGUAUGCCCUUGAGCUAAUCUCAGACACUGGCCUUAGUAGAGCAAAACCAGUGAAUACACCUUUAGAAGCUAAUAUUAAACUCACUACAGUGGAAUAUGAUGAGUUAACUGGUGCAACUACUGAUCCUUUAUUCAAAGAUAUCACAGGCUAUCAAAGACUUGUUGGAAGGUUGCUAUACCUAACCAUCAGAAGACCUGACAUCAGUUUUGCUGUUCAAGUAUUAUCAAAAUUCAUACAACAACCUAAGCUAUCACACUGGGAAGUAACUUUGAGAUUGGUCAGAUUCAUCAAAUGCAGUCCUGGUCAAGCCUGUCCUAACACUACAAGGUCAGUGACUGGAUACGUGGUUAAACUAGGAGACUCUCUUAUAUCCUGGAAAUCCAAGAAACAACAUACUUUGAGCAGAAGCUCAGCAAAGGCUGAAUAUAGGAGUAUGGCUGGAGCUGUUGCAGAGAUCAUUUGGUUUAUAGUAGUGUUGAAAGAGCUGAAUGUCAAUGUCACAAGCCUUGUAAAGUUGCACUAUGACAGCAAAGUAGCAAUAUAA